AUGGGGGGGCGCCGAGAAUUUGCGACCUUGUUCGCGGCCGUGGCGGUGCUGUCGUUGGCGCUGGGCGUCCGCGCGCAGAGGUCGCUCGUGUCCGGGGAGCCGUGCGUCUUCCCGUUCCAGUUCGAGGGCAGAACCUACUUCGACUGUUUGGACUUCCAAGGGAGCGAGUGGUGUGAAGCGGAGGGAGGUUUCUUUGGCCAGUGCGCCCCUGGGAGCCCUGCGAGCUCUUCGGGCUCUGCCAGCUCCGUGGGCUCCCGGGGACCUGGCAUACCCGCCCCGGUCACGAGUGCGCCGGAGGAGCCAGUGCAGCCACCGCCUUCUGCACCAGUCCUGCCAGCCUCUGCUCCUGUACCGCCUCUGGCAAGCAGCGGAUCGGAUUGCUGCAAUCUGCUGAGCGGCAUUGGCUUCAGCAGCAGUGUGCCCGUCGUCAUCAUCAAUACAGGGGGCCAGGCCAUCCCAGACGAGCCAAAGAUACCAGCCAGCAUCUGCACAUGCAAUUCCCCUGGAGGCGACAUCGCGGCCAACAUCAAGAUCGAAAUUCGGGGCUCGACAUCGGCGCGGGAAUUUCUGAAGAAGUCGUUUGCAUUUAAGGUCAUUGAUGACCAGGGCAAGGACAUGGAUGUCUCGUUCAUGGGCUUCCCGGAGGACAGCGAUUUCGUUCUGUAUGGUCCUGAGAUGGAUAAGACGAUGGGCAUGAAGAACUACCUGACCAUGGCGCUCGCCCGAGCUACAGGCAGAUAUGCUUCCAACACGCAGUAUGUUGAGACGUUCCUUGUUCAGGAUGGGGGACAAUUGUCUAUUGAUCACUACCACGGCAUCUACAUCGCCAUGGAGAAGAUCAAGAAAGACAAGAACAGGGUGAAUGUUCAAAAGAACGAGGCAGACAUUUCAGGGGGCUACAUUUUCAAGUACGACAAUGACAACUUCGACGAAGGGGACAAGAUAAUCAAGACUACUUUCACAGAGCUGGAAUUCGUGUGCGUGUACCCAAAGAAAGAUAAAGUUACGCAGGACCAGCUCAACUGGAUAGGCAGCUACCUUGGAGACUGGGAAAAGGCGAUGGGAACGCGCGACCGAAACCAGUGGACGCCUUACAUCGACGAGGGAAGCUUCGUUGAUUACUUUCUAAUUACGGAGAUGAGCAAGAAUCCCGACGGUUACAGAGGCUCGACGUAUUUCCACAAGGACGCGGGUGGCCCGCUGGUGGCUGGCCCCGCCUGGGACUACAACGAGGCGUACGGCCAGUGCUGCGGCUACCCCAUCGAGGGCUACGACAACGACGGCAUCAGCACGGGCGUCAGCGGGGGCAGCGCCAUCUCGCCCGAGGGCUGGAGGUUCAACAUCUGCAUCGAGGAGAGGCGGUGCAUCGAGGACCCGCGGGACGGGACGUCGCCCUACUACAUGAUCAUGAUGGAGGAUCCCACUUUCAGAAGUUUGGUGGAAAGUCGGUGGUCGGAGCUCCGAGCGGGUCCAUGGAGCACGAGCUCCAUAGAGGGCCUCAUCUCGCAGCUGAAGGGUCAGAUUCAGGAUCCGGUGCUUAGAAAUCUCAAGAGGUGGAAGACGUCUAAGUUUCUUGAGGGCGUCUCCGGCAACGACCAGAAGAACCUAGACUUCUGGAGCUUCGAAGUGAACGCGAUGCUGGAAUGGGUGCGGUCGCACGCGGCCUGGAUCGACAGCCAGCUCUCCGGAAGCCCCGCUCUGGGGAAAUGA